AUGCCGGUGCCGGUGAUGGGGAUAGUGGCCAAAGUCACGCGCGCUUCUCUUGGGGUCAGUGGCGGAGAAAACGGUGUAGACGAGCACAAAGGUGCCGAUGAUCUCCGCACCAAGCGCGGUUCCCUUGUUGUAGCCGUGGGCCACCGAGUUGGCCCCGCCGCCGAGGCUGUUGUAGUAGCUCUUCAUGAAGGCCUUCACCAGGCCGACCCCGCAGAUCGCGCCAAGGUACUGCGCCACCAUGUACAGAACGGCCCGUAUCAGGGAGACCUUCCGGGCGAGGAAAAGCCCGAACGUCACGGCCGGGUUGAUGUGACCACCUGA